AAAAGAUUCCAGAUAAGAUUCCCUCUUCUUUCUCUUUUAUCUCAUCAUCCAAAGCUUCCCUCCUCGCUCCCGCCCCGUCACAGAUGGCGCAAAUCUUCUGUCGAGUCUUGGGCAGUGCCCAAUUCCCUCAGGUUUCGUGGCCUCCGCCUCGGCCCGCUGCCGAUUCCUCCUCCUCUGCUCACGUCGUCCGCUGCCGGAUCCGAUGCUCCGUCUCCGCCACGUCGAGCAAUGCCCUCACUGGCUCCGAGGCCCGAGUCGUCCCCUGGGGCUGCGAGAUCGAGUCCCUGGAGAGCGCCUCCGCGCUGCAGCGGUGGUUGUCGGCCUCCGGCCUCCCCCCUCAGAAGUUGGAGAUACAGCGGGUGGAUGUCGGUGAGAGGGGCCUCGUCGCACUCAAUAACAUCCGCAAGGGGGAGAAGCUCCUCUUCGUGCCGCCCUCGCUCGUUAUUACGGCCGACUCGGAAUGGAGCUGUCCAGAAGUGGGAAAUGUGCUGAAGAAAAAUUCCGUACCAGAUUGGCCAUUGCUUGCCACCUACCUGCUAAGUGAAGCGAGUCUCAUGAGCUCUUCAAGAUGGAAUAGAUAUAUCUCAGCGUUGCCUAGGCAGCCUUACUCACUUUUGUACUGGACACCUUCAGAACUAGACACAUAUUUGGUUGCUUCACAAAUAAGAGCAAGAGCAAUUGAACGGAUUACCAAUGUCAUAGGAACGUAUAAUGAUUUAAAACUAAGGAUAUUUUCUAAGCAUCCUGAGUUGUUUCCAGAGGAGGUUUUCAACAUUGAUUCAUUUCUGUGGUCCUUUGGCAUUCUUUUCUCACGGUUGGUUCGUUUGCCCUCGAUGAAUGGAAAAGUGGCAUUAGUUCCUUGGGCUGACAUGCUUAACCAUAGUCCACAGGUGGAGACAUUCUUGGACUAUGACAAAUCAUCACAGGGAAUAUUUUUUAUGACUGACCAGUCAUAUCAACCAGGUGAGCAGGUUUUUAUAUCCUAUGGCAAGAAAUCCAAUGGAGAGCUAUUGCUGUCAUAUGGUUUUGUCCCAAAAGAGGGUACAAACCCAAAUGAUUCGGUUGAGUUAUCAUUGAGUCUAAAUAAAUCUGACAAAUGCUACAAGGAGAAACUGGAAGCACUAAGAAAGCAUGGUUUGUCAACGCCUCAGAGGUUCCCUUUGCAGAUUACUGGUUGGCCAGUGGAGAUGAUGGCAUACUCCUACCUUGUUGUCAGCCCGCCAAAUAUGAGCCAACACUUUGAAGAGAUGGCUGCUGCUUCAUCAAACGGGACUGCAUCGAAGAUGGGAAUAAAGAAUCCGGAGUUAGAAGAGAAAGCUCUUCAGUUCAUUUUGGAUUGCUGCGAAUCAAGCAUAUCUAAGUACACCAAAUUCUUAGAGGGUGGUGGUACACCUGAUUCAGGCACAUUCAGUGCAAAGCAAGCCAACCGGAAAUCACUUUUGAAAAAGAUGGCAACAGAUCUAUGCACUAGUGAGCGGAGAAUUCUAUAUCGAACACAAUAUAUACUGCGGAGGCGGCUGAGGGACAUGAGGAGUGGCGAACUAAGAGCGCUAACAUUAUUCAACGGGUUCAGAAAGCUCUUCAAACACACAGAUGUCUAACUAUCUUUUGCAUAUUAAAAUCUGUUUCUGUUAAAUCAUUUGGUCAUGAAGGAAUCAGAUGAAUCAGACUCCAUGAUCAAAUUAUACCAAGUAACAACACUUCAAUCUGGGCAGUGUGAUGCACUGAUGCUGUUGAGAUGUCUGCACCUGGCUGAGAAUGCUCAAAUACAAUAUGAUAUCAUUCCACUUGAUGUAUUUAAACAAGGGUAAUCUCGAAAUCUGGUGAGGACAAUUCAUUCCACCACAAAAAUGCAUUCGAUGUGAUUAGAUGAUGAAUAUUUUCUACUGUCAAAUCAUCUAUUAUGUUCAAAAGCUAGUUAUGCUAGUUGUUGUCGAA